UCUUUCCUUUGCACAACCCUACAUCUGUCCUGUGCACAAUCUUACUACUGUACUGUAGAUUUGUAUGUACUGAAAUACUCCAUUUGCUGCAUGUAACAAUGCUUUAAAAGAGCACAUAUGUUUGUUAUUUAGUCAAAAGUGAAUGAUGUUGACACUGUCUGUACUAUAUUUUGCAGAUAAUAGCAUCAAAGCAGAGUUCAUACCCAGCAGCUCAGCUGAGGAGACUUUUGGGCCACAUGUCAACCCAAUCAAAACAUCCAGGACACACCAGGAGUUGCACAAGGAACUGCUUCUAGCCCAUAAAAAGGGUAAGGGACUGUGCAGUAAGCCCGAGCUGCAGCAGGUGCUUGAGAGGCGUAGGAAAGAGCAGACACGGAAAGCAGAGGGUGCACAAGCCAGGACUCCCUUGGAGGAGGAGCUUCUGAAACGACAGAAGAAAAACACAGAGAGGGAGAAGCAGGAGGGGGAGAGGGUACGGGAGGAGGCUCAGCUGAUGGAGUUUGUCAGAGUCCGGCAGAACCUGAAGAAGAUCCAGGCAUUCCACAAGACCACAAACUCUUGAGAUCAUUGCAGAGACUUGCUCUGGACAAACUGAUCGAUGCAAAUCACCCUUUUGUCAUUUACAUCCCCUGGGAAGAGACAUGAAUCAGUAGUGGCUUAAAGCCAACUUCUCUCAGCUGCCUUUUACUUUCAUUAUCCCACGUAUUGACAAUGUUG